AUGAUUCUCUCGAUGCUUGUCAUAUGCCGCGACCAGGGCCUGCCGUUACCGGCUGGUGCAAUUCUUAUAUCCCCUUGGGUUGACCUUACCCAUUCCUUCCCCAGUAUAGCGAAGGAAAACCCUGGCGACUAUAUCCCUGCCCAUGGAUUCUUACACAGACCCUCCGUAGCAUGGCCUCCGCCGAACGAGGAUGAGAUCCGAGAGAUCAAGGAGGCUGUGAAGAGGGAUCCAACAAUACCGAACGAAAGGGUGAAUGUGUCUGAAACUGGGCAGCAGAACACUGUCGUUGUAAGCUCGACCCAGGCGCCUAAGGGCCAUGGCCGCCCGCCACCGUCUUGCGUGAUAGAUGGCGAAACAAUCGAAGUCAAGGACCAGAUUCACAUGUACGCAACUAACGACCUUCUUUUCCACCCCCUCGUUUCUCCGAUAUUCCAGCCCUCUCUUGGGGGAUUACCGCCCCUGCAGAUUAUCAGCGGUGGCGGUGAAAUGCUACGUGAUGAACAGUUCUACAUCGCCCAUAAAGCUGCCAACCCUGUUGCCUAUCGACCCAGCGACACCUUCCUUGACGAGUUUGACCCGCAGCGCGAGAUUGUUUCUCGAUAUCCUGGCACCUAUGUCCAGCUUCAGGUGUGGGAUGAUCUUUGCCAUGUCGCCCCGAUUCUAAGCUUUACGCCGCCUGUCAAAUACAUGUUCCGCUCGGUUGCGCAGUUCGGAGCGUGGGCACUAGCGCGUGCACAGCGCUCAACUGUCGAAAUCGUCAACGACGAUGAGGUCUCUCACAUAUCCUCUAGUGAAUCGGAGGCCACCCAGCCUACGGUCAGUCGCAGUGGGCACAAAGACCCUCACGAUAUACCAACACCCACAGUUGGAAAGGCGGGUGACCCGCUCCCAGCGUUCAAAGACCGCAUGAUUCGACAGGGCGUAAACAAGCGAGGUCACGUAUACCAUCUUGAGCCUCCGAGUAAAUGUCCUGUGCUUCAAAUACCCCCGGAAUCCGUCGGCACGAUUAACCCGAAUCUCCUCAUGAAAUGGAUGCUGGUCAAGGAAGAAUGGGACAAGAAGUUUGCAAAAGACAAGGUCCGCGUACACCAUGAAAGACUUGAAGGGUUAGCGCACGGAUUCCAGGAAUUCGAAGGCGAGACCCCACCACCCAGCGCAUUGGCCGCCAGGAGGCUCGCACCAGGUGCUCUCCCGCCAAAGGGUCUCCGCGUCAGCUAUCCCAUGGCAAUGUGGAGCAAGUUCGCAAGCAAACACGAUAGGAGAACAAUCAAAAGGGAGCAUGAAUUGGAAACCAGAUCGCAUCGCUCGCAGAGGACUAGCGUUGAGGCUGGGCGAGCGGGAGCAUCGAUCGAGGACCAAGAACUCAAAGACAAGACGCGGCCGAACGGUACAAGCGAGAAAGCCUCCAGCUCAACCCCACAAUUGCCAGCAAUUCCGCCAGAAAAACCGUUCACCCCGCUUCUUGUCCUUCCAGGCUACGAGGGGAAGUCCUCCAAUGACGAGUACGAGAACGCAAGCACGCGAGCCCUCUUCCAUGUCCCGGGCACGAUCCGGCCAACAACCGCCGACUCGAGAAGCAUGCAUCACCGAUCAGCGUCUCACGGCGGCUCAGCUACAAUCCGCAGCGGGUUCACUUCGAACCCAGCAGACGACGCAAGCACCCUUGAUGACGAGCGCUCUCUCGCUGUCACCGGCAUGGGCGUUGACGCCGCGAGUACACGGGCUGUUAUCCACGCAGACGGCGUCAUCAAACCGACCAACGAUAGCUACUCAGUCUUUCCGUCGGUUGAUAGUCUUCCUCUGACUAACGAAGUUAACCAAAACUGA